AUGCCCCCCAAGGCCGCCGACAAGAAGCCUGCCUCCAAGGCCCCUGCCACUGCCUCCAAGGCCCCCGAGAAGAAGGAUGCCGGCAAGAAGACCGCCGCUUCUGGCGACAAGAAGAAGCGCACCAAGUCUCGCAAGGAGACCUACUCCUCCUACAUUUACAAGGUCCUGAAGCAGGUCCACCCUGACACUGGUAUCUCCAACCGCGCCAUGUCUAUCCUCAACUCCUUCGUCAACGAUAUCUUCGAGCGCGUCGCCUCUGAGGCUUCCAAGCUUGCUGCCUACAACAAGAAGUCCACCAUCUCCUCUCGCGAGAUCCAGACCUCUGUCCGUCUCAUCCUGCCCGGUGAGCUGGCCAAGCACGCUGUCUCGGAAGGCACCAAGGCCGUCACCAAGUACUCUUCCUCCACGAAAUAA